AUGACCCCAGAGGCUGGAGAAGAGGAGUGGGUAAGAGAGCAGCGGCUCACUCAGCAACUGUUCGGGGGCGGGGAAGUCUACUUUUACCGUCGCAUGAGAAGGGACGACACUCUUUACAUCCCCACCAACAUGAUUGCUACCUUUACGGCAUCUUACGACGCAGCUUUAGCGCUGGCGGAGGCAGAUUUACAGGAAGAUUUGCACCCAAGUCCACCGUCAGACACACCAUCACUGUCGAUAACACCAUCCCCUCAAGACACACCACCACAUUCGGAGACACCUUCACAGUCAGACACACCAGCACAGUCGGACACGCCAGCACAGUCGGACACGCCAUCACCGUCGGAGACUUCAUCACAGUCGGAACCACCACAGCCACGGGAAAUUGAGACAAUCUGCGACAUCAAACGAUUUGCAUUUUCGACAGAUUUGUUGAGAAAAGGCCCGCAUCUUCCGACCUGCUUUCAGAAAAUCACCAACAAAAUCAAUAUAUACAUCAUUUUGUAUCGACAGCCCGACAUCCACUGCUUGUGGGUUCUUAGGGUGCCCGAAAAUUGCAAGGUGUCUUGGACACCUCGCAAAGGUUUGGAGAAGCAUGCAUAUAAGUCGCCGUCGUUGGCAGACGACAUCUUCAGAGGCCUGACGAGAUACAACAUCAUGAGAGGCCUGGUGGAUGAUGACACUUCUUCUGCUCGUCCUUUUUUUCCUUAUGACCACCCAGGGGUUGAGAUUCGGCCAGCGCUAACAAUAUUGUCUAGGUGGAGUUGGGGACACAUGGCAGUAGUGAGGCAUGGCAGUUGA